CAAGGGAACCCAAGCGGAGGCGCCUCAUUAAGAGAACGGCGCAGGACAAACAUUCCCAUGGCGAGCUGGGCCUUGGAGCUGCUCGGCUUCUCCCUGAGCCUGCUGGGCCUAAUUGGGACGUUAAUUGCCACCGUCCUGCCGCACUGGUGGCGCUCGGCGCACGUGGGCACCAACAUCAUCACGGCCGUGGCCUACGUGAAGGGGCUGUGGAUGGAGUGCGUGUGGCACAGCACCGGCGUCUACCAGUGCCAGCCCCACCGCUCCCAGCUGGCGCUGCCCGCCGACCUGCGCGCCGCCCGGGCCAUGAUGGUCAUCUCCUGCCUGCUGGCCGUGCUGGCGGCCGCCGUGGCCGUGGUGGGCAUGAGGUGCACGCACUGCGCCGAGGGCAGCCCCGCCAAGGCCUCCAUCGCCGGCUCCGGCGGGAUCGGCUUCGUGGCGGCCGGGCUGCUCUGCCUGGUGCCGGUGUCGUGGAGCACCAACGAUGUUGUCGUGGAUUUCUACAACCCCACGCUGCCCGCUGGGAUGAAGUAUGAGAUAGGGCAGGCUCUUUAUCUGGGGUUUGUCUCCUCGGCCUUGAGCAUCCUGGGUGGGGCCCUGCUGUGCACGUCGUGCCUCGGGAAUGAGGCGCCUUUCCAGCCGCAUUCCGGAGCGCCUCCAUCCUCCAGGCCACCGAGUGCCUCCAAGGGCAACCAUGCUCCUUCCCUGACAUCUGCGUCCCACAGCGGCUACAGACUGAGCGACUACGUGUGAGUUCUCCUGGGAUCUGGCACAGCUGCCUCGGGAAUUCUGUGCCUGGCACCAGAGAACUUGGAAUGGAUGUUGAAGUUUACCGUUGUCUAUUCCUUCCUUUUCUUCCUGGAGGAGGAAAGGAUGUGGAUGCAGAACUGCUGCCUGCAAAACCUGGGAAAUAAAGGCAAAGGACGCUGAGAUAUU